GUGAUAAUGCUGUGAAAGAAAAAAAUGUCGCAUUGCCGCUUUUAGAUGGUCAGGGUUCUUUUAUAAAACAUGGAAUUACACAAUUAUUUUCUGAUCCUCAUCCUCAAAAAUCUAAUAAAAUUGCAAGAAAUAGAUUAUUAAAUAAUGGAGGAAAGAUAGGAUUUGAAGACUAUCGUUUAAUUUCACCCAUGAAAAGGAUUCCUUCAAAACUAACCCAUUCGUCAGAUAAAUUGAAUCAACAGCAGUUGCAGUAUCUGCAAAAACAUCAGCAACAACAAGUUGAUCUUAUGGCAUUGACUAUAGAAGAAAAGGUUCUUUUGAGUCCUUCAAGUGGCAGUAACAAUAGUUUUCAUUUAGAUUUAGCUAAACAAAAGAUUUUGACAGAAGUAGAUUAUGUAUCAAGUCCUGUUUCUAUUCCUACAGCUAAUAAAGAUAUUUCUAGUUUGGACAAUGCAAUUCCAUCAGUCGCUCAACUGGCAAAUUCUGCUUUAGUAGAAAUAUGCGAAGCAAUAGAAAAUUAUGAUAAUCAUGAUGUUGUUGAAUCUCUUACCCCAAUACUGUUGGCAAAUUCGCCUUCAUCAGUAACAGACACACUAGCAAUAAGCGACCACGCUAGUAUAACAUCAGGAUCAUCAACAGAAAAAAAUAUUCAUAUUAAAAAUAAUUCCAAAUGGGGUGUUAGUUUCGAAGACAAAAGACAAUUAUCAUUGAGUCUAUUGAACGCUAGUAGUGUGCUGUCUACAAAUGAAGUAACGGCUACAAUAUUUACCCCAUCAUCAUCAUCAUCUAACUUUAGCGGUGCAAAUAAAACGCUUUCUUUGUUUACUGAUGGGGCCAGUAAAAAACUCCUUGACAUAAAUAAUAAUGUUAUAUCUGGCGGAAAUUUUUUUGAUCGUUCAAUGAGAUCUAUUAGUAAUGGUCCUGUAAAAAGCAAUACUUUAGAUCAAAAUUAA